UAGGUCUACUCUGUCUCUCUCACUCUGCAUUUUAUUGGCUGAUUCCCUUUCCUACCGAAUCAGCUGUUGAUACGUUGAGUAGCAGAUUGUUUUCAGACAUAAAUUGCCCGUCCGGUUUGAAUCUUUGGCACUCGUGAGAAUAGAAAUUUAUUAACAAUGCCACAUAAAUGUUGUGUUCCUAGUUGUAAAUUGCAGAGUGAUGACCCAGAAGGAUUCCAAGCUAGUUUUCAUAAAUUGCCUAAGGAUCAGGAUAUUCAAAGAAAAUGGUUAGAAAGUAUAAAUAAUGCUGAGAAUGUAAAAUUAGAUCCAAAGAAAUUUAUGUAUGUUUGUAGUUUGCACUUCAAACUAGAAGCUUUCUAUUACAGUGGUUUAUGCAAACUGAAGAGAAUUAAAAAAGAUCAUUAUCCAAGUAUAUUUGACACAGUGAAGAAGCAUGCAAGGAAUUUUUCUAGAAAUCUACCAAACCAUCAAGACUGUCAAACGGAACAGCAAAAUGAUGUACCUGGCAACUCAAUCGAUUGGAGUGCUAACUUGCAAAUCUCACAUAAUUCAUCACAUCGUUUAACCACAUCUCGACCCAAUCCAGUCAGUUCAAUUAAUGACGAAGAACAACAAGAACCAAUAAAUGCAGGAGAUUCUGAAAGUGGCAAUGAAUGUCCACAAGCUAUGAAUUGUAUGAAUACCAGUUCCAAUGAAAAUGUGAAUAAACAAACUGAGCCUCUACCAAAAUGUUCGAAAUGCACACAAUAUGAAUGUGACUCAUUCAUUAUUGGAAAAAAUGAUGCGACUCUCAUCGCAAACACUGUACUAAAGAGGUCAGUAGCUAACAUUGACCUUGGUGCAAUAAAUACUUCGAAUAAUUUUCUUCUACAACAACUGGUGUUGAAAGCUCAAUUAGAGAUAAGACAAUUACACAAGAAGAAUAGGAAUCUGAGAUUGAAAAAUGCUCGUUAUUGUAGGAGUAAAAAAAAAUUUAAAGACUUUGCUCAUAAGUAUGACUAACAAGAAGUAUAUCACACAAAAAGUGUCAAAUAUUUUGGAAGUAAGUGAUUGUAUCUUUGUAUGUGAAAAGUGAUGAAACUUGAAAAAUGUCUGUCAAAUAUGUGGAUUUUACUCUGUAUACCUACUUUGAAACUGUACAUUAUUCUAUAUAUUUUUCUUAAUAUAAACUCUGUAAGUCAACAGAAGUUAAAAUCAUGUAAUUAUUCUUAAUUUAAUUUUCAGUCAUACCAAAUGAAUGAAAACAUUUGAAUGUUUAUUUUCUAUUUCAACGAAUACUCAAAUAGAGUAGGUUUUGGGAAAUCUUGCAAUAAAAGUCACAAAAGGCAUUAUUGUACUUGUUUCCGUAAAACUGAACUUGUUCAUAUACCUCCUGAGAACUUAUCUAGUCAAUCAAACGAUGAAACUAAUUUACAAUGGAAUGCUGAAGGUAUUAUUAGAAAUACGGAUUACAAUUUGUCAAUAAAUGAAUUUUUAUGGUACAGGAACUAAUAAGAAAUAUAUUGAAGAGAUUGAUGAAUAUUUGACUGGUUUCUUAACCAGAUUAUUGCUAAAAAGGUACAAAUAUUACAAUUGCCUUGUACUGUUGACACACACAGUUAAUAAAUCUACUUUACUACUGAAAAAAGACAGAGAUAGUCUAUCUCUAGUCAAAGCUUGCGAAGAUGUCGUUGAGAUUUGUAAAACUGUUAAAAGAAACUUCAGAAGUUUGUACACUUCGACUAGAGGUACUAUUAUUAAAAUAUACAUGAAUAGUUUAUUACAAAUACCAGAUAAUCUGCUGCCUUUCAAUCAUACUUCAAACUCUAAGAAACAUAGAGCAGAGUUACUACAGAUGAUUGUUAAGAUUUAUUUACGUAUAAGAGCUAAGCACCAAAAGAAUGAGAAGAGACAAUCUAGAAAAAGUAUGAGAAGGAUCUUAACAAUGCCGAUUCUGAAUAGGAAUGAGUGGAAUAUGAUUUAUUUAAUAUUUUAUUUACUAAUAUCCGUUGACUCUAAUAUGCAGCACGUUUUUAACGAAGCAGAGCUUAUAACUAAAGCUUCCCAAUUUUCUUAUUCUCCUAGUCAUAAUAAUUAUAUCCCAUAUUGAUAUUUAAUAGCGUUUCGUAAUACUUCAAAUAAACGUGAAUAAACUAUUUUCACUUCAC